AUGUCCUCUCCAACAAUUACAUACAAAAACCUCCCAGGUCCAGUAGGAGACUGCCUCAAGCCCUCCUCCCUCUCAACAACCGCCACCGUGCCCGUCUCACCCACAACCUCCCUCGUCUUCACUACCGGCCAUAUCGGUCUCGAUUUGAAAACCGGUGCUCUCGUCAACAGUUCCCCUGAAGCCGAGUUCGAAGCUAUAUUCAACUGUCUCGAUGAAGCAUUGAAGCAUGCGGGAAUCACAACCGGACUCUGCCAGGCGUAUAAAUUCGUCAGCUAUUUGACAAGCGCCCAGGAUGAAGCUGUCAUGCAGCGUAUUUUCCAUCAGAGGUUUCCCUAUGCUACCCCUACUUGGGCUACUGCUAUUGUGAAGGAGAUAAAUGUGCCUGGUAUGCGUGCGGAGAUUGUUGCGGAGGCAGUGCUGUUUAAUGAUGCCUGAGUUUGGUGGUGGGAUGCGGGUGAAGGCUGCAGUUGCUUCUCUAUUCUGUCAAUAAUCGUUGCAGGAUGAGGUGGGCUUGUGGUUUGGCUCUGCAGG